AUGAAGAACCCCUACGCCUUGCCCUUGAACCCGGAGCAAUAUGCUCCAGCUCCAGUGCCUUCAUUGACAGAAUGGAAGCAGCUCUGGAAUGUAUGGGAUCUUUUCACUACCAAGAUGAUCCCGCCGGAGGCAUUGAUGGAGCAACCGAUUCCUCUACGAAAUCCAUUGCUGUUUUAUCUUGGUCAUAUACCGAUAUUUGAGGAUAUCCACCUAACGCGAGCUACCAAAGGUAGACCUACCGAUCCUGCUUAUUAUCACCAGAUCUUUGAACGUGGUAUCGAUCCCGAUGUUGAUGACCCAUCCAAGUGCCACGACCAUAGCGAACUUCCAGAUGUCUUCCCACAAUUAGUGGAUAUCCUCCUUUAUCGCGAGCGUGUGAAAUACCGGAUCACCUCGCUUUACGAUACUGGGAAGGCUUACUCAGAUCGUUGCAUCGGACGGGCUCUCUGGAUAGGGUUUGAACAUGAGGGCCUCCAUGCUGAGACAUUUCUCUUCAUGACAAUCCAGAGCCCGAAUAUUCUACCUCCUCCUGGAAUACCCAGACCUGACUUUGCGAGGCUCGCUAAAGAAGCUGCCUCGAAGCGGAUGCAGAACCCAUGGUUUCAAGUGCCCGCACAGAAAUUCACUAUAGGAUUCCACGAUCCUGAAAAUGAUGAGGGACCAAAUAGAUUCUUUGCGUGGGACAACGAGCGUGAGCCGUAUGAUGUGCAGGUACCACAAUUCGAAGCGCAAGGUCGACCGGUGAGUAACGGCGAGUACGCAAAGUAUCUUGUGGACGUCAAGUACCCACAGAUCCCUGCAACAUGGGGCAAGAUACGCAGUGCGGGCCAUGAUGAAGACUUUACCACCUUCAUUGCUCGUCACAGCGUCAAGACAGUCUUGGGCCCAGUUCCUUUGGCUCAAGCACUGGACUGGCCGGUGAUGGCUUCUUUUGAUGAGGUCGAGCGAUAUGCUGGGUGGGCUGGUGCUCGCUUACCAACUCUUCAUGAAAUACGGAGUAUCCACGAGUAUGUCGAACGAGAACGAAAAGCACCAGACAGCAAAGUCAACCACCAAUUCCAUACGAAUCCUAAUGCCAUUUUUGUCGAUUUAUCUGGGACAAACUCGGGCUUUCACAAUUUCCAUCCUACUAGCGUUACACACAAGGAUUAUCUUUGCGGACUGGGCGAUACUGGAGGUGCUGCUGAAUGGACAAGAACUUUAUUUGCGCCGCAACCUGGGUUCAAGCCUAUGGAUAUUUAUCCUGGAUAUAGUGCGGACUUUAUGGAUGAGAAGCAUCUGGCUGUUGUUGGUGGAAGUUGGGCGUUGCAUCCCCGCAUAGCUGGUCGAAAGAGUUUCUUGAACUGGUGGCAGACAAAAUAUCUCUGGCCUUGGGUGACUUUCCGUCUUGUGAGGGACAUUGAGUAA